AUAAAUAUUCCACCCCACAUUUCAAGCGCUUCAUUCUCUCACCAGACUCAUUAAAGUCAAGCUGUGAGAGUGUAAAACAGCAAACCUUCCGCCUUUCUUCACUCUUCAGCAAAAACGUCAGUCUAGAAAAUGCGUGAGUGCAUCUCUAUCCACGUUGGUCAGGCUGGUGUCCAGAUUGGCAAUGCCUGCUGGGAGCUCUAUUGUCUUGAGCAUGGUAUUCAGCCGGAUGGGCAGAUGCCCAGUGACAAAACCAUUGGUGGAGGUGAUGAUUCCUUCAACACCUUCUUCAGUGAGACUGGAGCUGGAAAGCACGUCCCUAGAGCUGUGUUUGUAGACCUGGAGCCCACUGUCAUUGAUGAGGUGCGCUCUGGAACUUACCGUCAGCUGUUCCACCCUGAGCAGCUCAUCACAGGAAAGGAAGAUGCUGCUAAUAACUAUGCCCGUGGACAUUACACUAUUGGCAAGGAGCUCAUUGAUCUUGUUUUGGACAGAAUUCGCAAACUGGCUGAUCAGUGCACAGGCCUCCAGGGUUUCCUGGUCUUCCACAGCUUUGGUGGUGGAACCGGAUCUGGCUUCACCUCACUGCUGAUGGAGCGACUGUCUGUCGACUAUGGCAAGAAGUCCAAGCUGGAGUUCUCCAUCUACCCUGCUCCUCAGGUCUCCACCGCUGUGGUAGAGCCCUACAAUGCCAUCCUGACCACCCACACCACCCUAGAGCACUCUGACUGUGCCUUCAUGGUAGAUAAUGAGGCCAUUUAUGAUAUCUGCCGUAGGAACCUCGAUAUCGAGCGUCCUUCUUACACCAACCUCAACAGGCUCAUUAGUCAGAUUGUGUCCUCUAUCACAGCCUCCCUCAGGUUUGAUGGUGCCCUCAAUGUUGAUCUCACUGAGUUCCAAACCAACUUGGUGCCCUAUCCUCGUAUCCACUUCCCCCUUGCUACCUACGCCCCAGUGAUCUCAGCAGAGAAGGCUUACCAUGAGCAGCUCUCUGUAUCUGAAAUCACUAAUGCUUGCUUUGAGCCAGCCAAUCAGAUGGUGAAAUGUGACCCACGUCACGGCAAGUAUAUGGCUUGCUGCCUGUUGUACCGUGGUGAUGUGGUGCCCAAAGAUGUGAAUGCUGCGAUUGCCACCAUCAAGACCAAGCGCUCCAUCCAAUUUGUGGACUGGUGCCCCACUGGUUUCAAGGUUGGCAUCAACUACCAGCCCCCCACUGUGGUUCCAGGUGGAGAUCUGGCUAAGGUGCAGAGGGCUGUGUGCAUGCUGAGCAACACCACAGCUAUUGCUGAGGCCUGGGCUCGUCUUGAUCAUAAGUUUGAUCUGAUGUAUGCCAAGCGUGCCUUCGUGCACUGGUAUGUGGGCGAGGGUAUGGAAGAGGGCGAGUUCUCAGAGGCCAGAGAGGACAUGGCCGCCCUGGAGAAAGAUUAUGAGGAGGUUGGAGCUGAGAGUGUUGAAGGAGAGGAAGAAGGUGAAGAAUAUUAGAUUCUCUUUCGCUUCAAUUGUUUCCUGUCUGUUGUCAUUUUUUGUGUGUUCUUUCUCACUUUUUCCAGUUCUUAACUUGCUGAAAGGUCACUUUUCCUUUUUAAUGGUUAUGAAUUAAAAUUUGUAAUGCUUAAAUGUU